GUAUGUGUCAUGGUCGCGUGCAGAAACAACGUUUGACCUAUGCUUUGAAGAAAAGUGGGAUAUUUUUAAAUUCAAACGCGUCAAAAAGUCACCGUAGAGCAUAAAAUGAACGAAGCGUUCCUCAACAGAUCGAUCCAACCUCCUACACAUCUUCCCAGGUAUUUGUUUACUGACCAGGACACACCAGAAGGACUCAUUCCAAAAAUGAUAGUCCCAGUCAUGGGCAAAGAUCCUCGGUGGUUACUCGUCGAAGUUUGCAGGGAAUUUCAGCGUGGAAAGUGUUCAAGAACAGAGGACGAAUGUAGAUUCGCCCAUCCACCCGCUCAUGUGCUUAUACAGAAUGGAAAAGUCACGGCGUGUUUCGACUCUCUGAAGGCUCGUUGCCACAGGGAAAAGUGUAAGUAUUUACAUCCCCCAAAGCAUAUAAAAGCUCAAAUGGAGAACAAUGGCCGCCUUCUACAACAGCAGCAGCAGCAACAACAGCAGAUAGCUAUUCAGCAGCAAGCCUUUGCACCACUUGCUCAACAGAUGCUGACAAAUCCCUCAUUUAUAUCUGCAUGGCCAUUAAGUGUUCCUGCUUCAAAUGGAACAUAUCUUCAACAUCCUGUUGCUUUUCUGCCUGAUGCAUCAGCCUUGGCUCAGAGUCCUUCCAGACGACUAGACAAGUCUGACAAAUUGGAGGUGUGUCGAGAAUAUCAGAGAGGGUCAUGUUCGAGAGAAGAGUGCAGAUAUGCACAUCCUCCUCCACAUGUGUCUAUUGAUAGUACAGAUGGUAUGAUUACAGUUUGUAUGGACUUCAUGAAGGGAAGAUGUCAAAGGGAAAUGUGCCGAUACUUUCACCCACCAGCACAUCUUCAGGGAAGAGUCAGAGCUGCACAGCAGCAGUCAAUACCGCUGGAGGGUAGCCGCAAGAGGCCCCAUGAUACAUUGACUGAACUGACUUUUGGAGAACCAUUCAAGAAACAAACUGCUCUUGAAGUGCCUCUGGUCAUGCCAGGAGCGGCGGCUGCUAUUCCAUCCUUUAAUCAACCUGUAGGACUGCAAUUUGCAUCUCUUAUACCAACAAUGCCGUUACUUACACAAGGAAUUCCCUUGGUUCAACCACAAGUACCUCAGUGGCAACAACAGGUACAGCCACAGGUCUUAGGCUAUAUGCCUGUGGAGUCAGCCGCGACACCACCACCUCCUCUAGCUCCUCCUCCUACUCCUCAAACAUCCUACCAAAUCAUAGACCCUCAGCCUGUCCAGUCAAUGGACGUCCAGUACUGGAACAACUACACGUUAGCUUCCGCUCCCACCACACCCACCUUUGUUAUGUCGCCCCAUGCUAUGUGAUCCAGGGGCGAUUCUUUUUAUAUGUGCUAGGGGUGUGUGUGUGUGUGAUUGAUUGUUCCGGGAGAGGGCAAGAAUGGAGGGAUAGAACAGGAAUUUAAGGAAUGAGAGAUUGAGACAUAAGAGGUUGUAAGCUGUGGCUUUGUUCAAAGCAAGAAACAAAGCUGGCUGCCAUCUCGGAGAUUUGCAUGUCCAAGAUGCAAGGCAAUAUUGAAGGACCAUUCCAUUCAGUCUUCAAGAAGACAAACUUUAUUCAGAGGAGGAGAUCAAGAUUACUAUUACGUUCUUUUCUAAAAAAAAAUGGCCACUGGAGGAAAAAAUUGGAAUGAAACUUCAGAACUGUCACAGUACUAUUAUUGAUUGAUUAAUAUAUGACAACAGUGUGUGUUAUCAUCAGCUACAAUUGUAUCUCAAAAUUGUUUAGGUCUUGGACCAGAAACAGAGAUAAAAAAUUGAAUAUAGCAAGCAAUGUUCUACUUAGGUUUUCUUAAUUCUAGUUUAAAAACAGUGACAGAAAGUUAGUUAUGACCACUUAGUUAUCAGUUGCAUGUGAAAAACUAGCAUGAAAAGAAAGAGGAAAUAUUUUAUAAAAUUAAGAUUGAGUUGCAGCUUCCCAAAGCUCUGUUAGUGUUUUGUGCCUGGUUUGAGAGAAGAAUAGAUUGUUGCUUAACACUUACAGUGCUUUUGGUCCCUGCGGAGAGUAAAACUUUUAUUCUUUAUUUGUUACAAGAGAGAAAAUGUUAUCUGUUACAUUCAUUGAUUUAUUUUGUACAUUCUAGAGAAGUCAACCGGGGUUUUACUCAUUCACAUAUUUGUAUGUGUAAUAAUUUUAUUUGGGAUUGUUAUUUACUACCUACUCUUACUAUUUAAGUUGAGAAAUUGUUUUGUACGUACUUAAGAAAGAUAGACUAUAUAAAUGUAUUUUGUAAAAUACCAGCUCCUGGAAUGCAGCAGAUCUAGAUGAAGAAUGACGAUAUUUGUACUUAAAACUACCUUAAUUCACGUGAGAAGUCACAUUUUUUUGACUGACAGAAUAAACUUUAAGUACGUAAAGAUAUUAUUGAGCAAUACAAAGUAAAUCCAUGUAGCUGAUGACUCUAAGAGAGAUGAAGAUUUACUACCAUCUGAAAUUUUGUGAUGAACGAGAGAAUAUAAACUUUAACAGGAAUUAAGACAGCAUUUCUAUGAACCAUUUUAUUAACUUAUGUUGCAAUGGAUGUGAAACAGAUAUUGAUUUGAUUUUUGUGAAAUGAAUGAACUGGUGGCUGAGCCAUUGUGAUAAAGAUGAAUUUAGAUUAUUAGAGUUGUUUUAUCAAAUAGAAUUUUUCAUAAUGGAAAGUUUAUUGCAAGACGAGUGAGAGAAAAGACAACAUCAAAUGUUUAAACUCAAACAUUUUGAACUGUUUUGGUCAGAUUCUCAUGUGAAAGUCUUGCAGCAAAAGUUUCAUUUUCAUAGAUCAAAAUUACUUUUUGUAGGAAAAUUGUUAUUUAUGUGUUUAUAUGUGAUUGUAGAGUUGAACUGAAUCAUAUGUUGAAUUAAAGUUUGUCUAUGUUGUCUGUUGGUGUUAA